AUGACUUCAUCUUUCAGAAAUAUCAAACUUUUCUCAUCUUUGUUACUACGUGGUUACGCUUUGGGGUCAAAAAGCACAGCCAAUGAAGCAAUGACUUCGAGAAAUAGGGGGAAGAUGACGGCGAAGACGGAGGAAGAGAGAGCGGUGUCGAAUGAAAAGGGUUGGUGGAAGCCAGAUCCAGUCACCGGCUUCUACAAACCAGAAAACAUCAACAAGAUUGAUGCUGCCGAAUUGCGCGUCAAUUAA